AUUCCGAGCGUGCCAAUUAGGCGUUACAUUUGGGCUCCGGCGGUGGGUAAUGCCGAUGUGUGUAGUCCGACCUCCGGGAUUUGUCGGUGAUUGGUGCCAAGAUUAAGUCGCGGCGCCUGGUUCUUGUCGUGUCAGUUGAAGAUCUUCAGAUCAUUUUGCGUGCUGGGUGACAUAAUUGUUUACAAAGGGGAUCCGUGCGAAUCUCAGGGAGAAUUGUGCCAGUGGUCGCGAAGUGGAGCGAUGAUCAAUGGGACGUUCCCGGAACUGGAGACGGAGGUGUCGUAUUCCGCUUGCCCUCUGGCUUAACUAAAGAUAGACGCUGCCACCCCGUUCCCCCCAGAAACUAAAUUACCCCACAAUUGAUAAUUGAGCGGAAUUGAAUUGAAUCACAGCCGCCCAGGCAGAGGCACCCAAAUCUGGGCACCACAUGGGAUCAUUGAGUCGCCGACGGACCUGAGAGUCGGACACAUACCAUCCAGCUGCCGAUCUCCAACGUAGUUAAGUUGUUAGACACCAUGCCGAAUAUCGAGGAAAUUCUGGGCGAACUGCAGCGCUUCGCUUGGCCGGAUUAUGUGGCCUUCGUUUCGAUGUUCCUGCUCUGCAUCGCAAUCGGCAUAUACUUUGGGUUCAUGAGCAAGUCCGUGUCCGAGGAUGAUUAUAUGCUCGGUGGCAGGAAGAUGCUGGUCAUCCCCAUCGCCUUCUCGCUGGUGGCCAGCUUUGUAUCGGGAAUAACUCUGCUCGGACUUCCCACCGAGGUGUACUCCUAUGGUGUCCAGUAUCUCUACGUGGCAUGCGGUGUCAUUGGAAUGGGAGUGGUGAUGGGUGUGUUUUAUCUACCAGUUUUUCACGACCUGAACAUCACGUCCACCUAUGAGUAUCUGGAGGUUCGCUUUGAUCGAAGGUUGCGUCUCUACGGAUCCGUAAUGUUUGCCAUUAUGAAUGUGGCAUACUUACCCAUCGUAAUCUACGUACCGGCAUUGGCCUUUAAUCAAGUGACAGGAAUUGGGGUCCAUACGAUCACUCCGAUCGUGUGCAUUAUCUGCGUCUUUUACACCAGUCUGGGUGGACUGAAGGCAGUGGUCUGGACCGAUGUGGUGCAGGCGGUGUCCAUGUUGGGAGCACUCUGUCUGGUGGCCAUUAAGGGCACCCGAGACAUUGGAGGACCCAGUGUGGUGCUGGAACGAGCUUGGAAUAGCGAUCGUCUAGAAGCACCAGAUCUCAGCAUCGAUCCAACUGUCCGUCAUACGUUCUGGUGUCUCUUCUUUGGAGGAAUCGUCUACUGGACACAGACUAAUGCGGUUUCCCAAAAUAUGAUCCAGAGAUAUCUGUCGCUUUCGACUCUUGGAGAUGCCCGAAAAGCACUCUGCAUCUUCUGCGCCGGCGUGCUCAUCCUAAUGGCGCUCUGUGGAUACAACGGUCUGCUCAUCUAUGCCACCUACCAGAACUGCGAUCCUCUAACCACCAAGCUUGCAAAAGCUCGCGAUCAACUCCUUCCACUUUUCGUGAUGGAAACUUUGGGAGAAUUGCCCGGCAUGACGGGACUCUUCAUAGCUGGCGUAUUCAGUGCCGCUCUUAGUUCCUUGUCCACUUGCCUUAACUCCAUGUCCGCCGUGGUGUUAGAGGAUUUUGUGAAGCCGUACGUGAAAAAGCCGCUCUCCAGCACGGCAAUCAACUGGAUAAUGCGUCUGGUGGUCGUUGGAGUGGGAGCCUUGUGUGUGUGCCUGGUCUACGUGGUGGAGCACAUGGGCACUGUCCUCCAGUUGACCAUGAGUCUGGAGGCCAUUACAAACGGUCCGCUGUUUGGCAUCUUCACCAUCGGUGUUUUUCUGCCCUGGAUCAACGGAAAUAGCGCCUUACUUGGCGGAAUAAUGGGCGUGAUAGCCAUGUCCUGGGUGAGUCUAAAUGCACAGUGGGCCAUCGCUUCUGGAGCCAUUAGUUACAAUACCAAGCCGCUGAAUGUGGAUCAAUGCGACUACAGCUUCAAUGUUACCACCAGUUUGGCCAGUACAACUCACCUGCAUGCAUCUGCAGAGGACGUCUUUCCGCUCUACCGAAUCUCGUACAUGUGGUACACCACCUUUGGAGCUUCGAUCACCAUUUUCUGUGCGCUGCUCGGCACCUUAGUAUUUGGCAAAAAUAAUCCCAACAAAGUGGAUCCAGUGCUGCUCACUCCCUGCAUCCGAAAGUUCUUUGCCUUUGGCACCGAAAAGCCCAUGGAUGCCUAUAAGCCCGACAUUCCGCUGCAGCACAAGCUUCGUCACGAUGAGGUGGCCUUAUGAUUCAGCGAAUCUACAAAUCCCUAAUGUAAAUGUUUCCAAAUUUAUACAUUUUAGUAGAUACUUUCAUAUUAAAGUUUUUGAAUUUUUAUAACCAAA